GGUAGGUGACUCCUAACCUUUCUUGACACUUGUAAACGCUCGCAUGCGAUCGCGCGAGCAGAGAAAGGAUGACUACUUCGAAGGAAUUGAAUCUGGCCAGGAAGAGCCUUGUGGCAUCGCUUGGCGAAAACGCGAAAGUGUAUUUUGAAAAGAUGAAGCUCUGGUUCCAAAUGAAGACGACAAAGGAGGAGUUCGACUGCGAAGCACGUAAUCUCAUGACGGAGGAUCAGGUCCAUUUGCACAAUGAGUUUCUGCUGUGCCUCUUCAAUAAGGUCCGUGGAUUGGCCACCGUCACGCCGGCCAAGGUAGACAGGGACAAGGUUUCGAAAGAGAGAAGACUGAGGCUGAAGCGCAAGUACAAGACCGACAAGUCAAACUUUGAGCCAGCGGACAUGUACGUGGAGGUGCUGGGCCAAGCCUCGUCGCCGGUCGGCGACGAGCCGAUAGGCGCGAAUCGCUCCAGCGCCCAAGAACUCGUACUGCCGGAUCGCACCUUCGUGCUGGCGCGGUUGAUGCUCGCGGCGUGGGAGAAUAACAUGGACGGGGCCGAGGAGAAUACCGCGCACAUCGUCAUAGCCGCGACGCAGAUCUUCUUGAAAAAUAUACUCACGGCUAUUUUCACGCGUAGGAAGGGAUACGCCGUGCGGGACGGCUCCUUCAUUCACAACAUAGGCGAGCCAGUGCCUAGCUCGUGGAAGAGGAACUCCAUGUACAUAAAUCCAGUCAAUUCCGGACCGACGGAGAUAGUGGAGCCUUACGGCCAGAUUCCCGCGGCAAAAUUGAGUUUCGAGGAAGCCGAGCAAGCGACCGCUUUUUCGUACGCUUGUUCCACGCAAGUCACUCGUCUACCGUUGAAACCAGUCAGCACGGCCGAUUUGCAAUAUGCUUUAAAGAUUUAUAAAAAUCUCGUUAGUAAUCACACUAUAUAUGCUACCAAUAUGGAGCGAUUAUAUACAUAUGCCACUCAUCCAACGUGGGAAGAUUUGGAGGCCAAAAAGUUAUUAUGUCAACCGUCAACAUGAAGAAUUCAUGCGAUCCUAACGUAUGUUUUAUAUUAUAAUUCUUUAAUUUUAUUACAGUAGGAUUACUAUUAAAGUAGAGCUGAAAUUAAAGUUUAAAUUAUUUU